GAGGAGCCUGAGCCGGAGGCCCGCGGCCUUCAUAUAAGGCGGGCCCUUGGGUGCUCAGGGCCCGACCCGCGGCGACCCGUAGGCUGCCGGCUCCCGCUCCCUCUCAGCCUCGCCCAGCGCCCAGGUUUGAAAGUUGUCAGCUCCAAAUUACAAAUACUCAAAAAGGCCAUUUUUUUGAAGCAAGAGUCUCUCUCUAAAGAGAGGCAGAAAGGAAGAGACAGAGAGGGGAGAGGCACUGCUCCAACAUCCAUGGAGCUUCCCCCAGUGCUGUGCUGCUCCCAUGUCGUGCCAGGGUUCGAAUCUCAGAUCUCCAAACAUGACAUUGCCAUGGUGGAUACAGAGAUGCCGUUCUGGCCCACCAACUUUGGGAUCAGCUCCGUGGACCUCUCAGUCAUGGAGGACCACUCCCACUCCUUUGACAUCAAGCCCUUCACCACUGUGGACUUCGCCAGCCUGUCUACCUCCCACUAUGAAGACAUCCCCUUCCCUAGAGCUGAGCCCCUGGGUGCCGACUACAAGUAUGACCUGAAGCUGCAGGAUUGCCAGAGUGUCAUCAAGGUGGAGCCCGUGUCACCACCUUACUAUUCAGAAAAGACGCUACUCUACAACAAGGUCCACGAGGACCCCCCCAACUCUCUUAUGGCCAUCGAGUGCCGGGUCUGUGGGGACAAAGCUUCCGGUUUCCACUAUGGAGUCCACGCUUGCGAAGGCUGCAAGGGUUUCUUCCGGAGGACAAUCAGAUUGAAGCUUAUUUAUGAUAGGUGUGACCUUAACUGUCGGAUCCACAAAAAAAGUAGAAAUAAAUGUCAGUACUGUCGGUUUCAGAAAUGCCUGGCAGUGGGGAUGUCUCAUAACGCCAUCAGGUUUGGGAGGAUGCCUCAGGCUGAGAAGGAGAAGCUGCUGGCAGAGAUCUCCAGCGACAUCGACCAGCUGAACCCUGAGUCUGCAGACCUGCGUGCACUGGCCAAGCACCUGUAUGACUCAUACAUCAAGUCCUUCCCGCUGACCAAAGCCAAAGCCAGGGCCAUCUUGACAGGGAAGACCACGGACAAAUCACCCUUCGUCAUCUACGACAUGCACUCCCUGAUGAUGGGGGAAGACAAGAUCAAGUUCAAGCACAUCACUCCACUGCAGGAGCAGAGCAAGGAGGUGGCCAUCCGCAUCUUCCAGGGCUGCCAGUUCCGCUCCGUGGAGGCCGUGCAGGAGAUCACCGAGUACGCCAAGAGUAUCCCCGGCUUUGUGGGCCUCGAUCUCAACGACCAGGUGACACUGCUCAAGUACGGCGUCCACGAGAUCAUCUACACCAUGCUGGCCUCCUUGAUGAACAAGGAUGGUGUCCUCAUCUCAGAGGGCCAGGGCUUCAUGACCAGGGAGUUUCUGAAGAGCCUGCGGAAGCCCUUUGGGGACUUUAUGGAGCCCAAGUUCGAAUUCGCUGUCAAAUUCAAUGCACUGGAGCUAGAUGACAGCGACUUGGCAAUAUUUAUAGCAGUCAUCAUUCUCAGCGGAGACCGGCCAGGUCUGCUCAAUGUGAAGCCCAUCGAGGACAUCCAGGACAACCUGCUGCAGGCCCUGGAGCUGCAGCUCAAGCUGAACCACCCCGAGUCCUCGCAGCUCUUUGCCAAGCUGCUGCAGAAGAUGACAGACCUGCGGCAGAUCGUCACGGAGCACGUGCAGCUCUUGCAAGUGAUCAAGAAGACGGAGACGGACAUGAGCCUGCACCCGCUGCUGCAGGAGAUCUACAAGGACCUGUACUAGCCGGCGCCCUGGCGCCCACACACCGCAGGCCGAGGCCCGUCCACGUCCACACCGACGACAAGACCACACCCCGCAGAAUUCACUGUGAAAGGAAACAAGAGCGUCGUAACAAGAACCAGUUUUCAGAUAAUAGAUCUAUUUUAUGCAUAUUGUUAUAAAGAUACAUUUACAGUUUACUUUUAAUAUUAAAAAAGACCAUCUUAUGUAAUGAC